CGGGCGCUACUCAACCUGUGGAAGCCGUGAUGAACAGCUGAUCCUCCGGCAGUGGAUAAAAAAAAAUCAUCACAAUGGUCACCGUCAAGUCGUGACUUCUCAUCCAACGCGUGGCACUAUGUGAAUAGUUAUCGGAGAAGUAAUCAAAAGGGAAGUUAUUAAAGGGAGAGUAGUUCUUUUUGGAGUGAGCGAUUUUUCUCCCACCGGUUUGGACCUGUUGGUCAUCAGUGUGACAGACGGACACACUGUGCGCUCAGCCAACCUGCCGCUCGCUGCUCUGCGCUCACCGCCGCUCCAUUAUGUUGCUGUCAAGCUUCAUCCUUUUCACCUCCUCCUACUUUUUGGCGCCUCUGUUUCUUUGCUACCUGCCUCAAGCAUCGGCGCAGAAGUCUGGCUCCCGGUGGCUGAUUGGAGACAGAGACAGUCACUGUGGAGUCAUCUGCUCGAGGACGCAGGGGAAGCCGGUGUGCGGUUCAGACGGGCGGAGCUAUGAGACCGGCUGUGAACUGCAGAGGGCGCGAUGCAAAGAUAAGACACUGACGCUGGCUCACCGAGGCCGCUGUCGAGGUAGAAACUGGGUGAAAACAGAUCCGCAGCCGGUGGCUCCAGCACCAACUUCCACAUCUGAGGGCAGAGACCUGGAGCUCAAAGAUGCAGGUCAGUCCAAGUGUCGCGUUGAGAGGAACCAGGCUCUGGAACAGGCCCGCAGACCGCAGGAGUCCAUGUUCAUCCCAGAAUGCAACGAGGACGGGACGUUCGCCCAGGUCCAGUGUCACACUCUGACCGGUUACUGCUGGUGUGUCACCAGCGACGGCAAACCAGUGAGUGGCUCCUCAGUGCACAACAGGACCCCGGUGUGUUCAGGAAACUUCCGUGAAUUUAUGGGAACUCAUGCUGGGACGAGUGGAUUGUCAGGGUCAGUAACCGACAAACCACCAGGGCCACCAAACUCUGGUAGAAAAGUCUCCUUCCGUUUCUUUCUCACCCUCAACCCAGACGACGGCUCCAAGCCCACGCCCACCAUGGAGACUCACGUCCCCCCCGAGGGCGAUGAGAUAACUGCUCCGACGUUAUGGAUAAAACAGCUGGUUUACAAGGAGAAUAAGCAGAACAGCUCCACUUCCAGGAAGCAAGAGAAAGUUCCCUCUUGUGAUCAGGAGAGACAGAGCGCCCUGGACGAGGCUCGGCAGAAUCCUCGAGAGGCCAUUUUUAUCCCCGACUGCGGGCCUGGAGGCCUUUACAAACCGGUCCAGUGCCACCAGUCCACAGGCUACUGCUGGUGUGUUCUGGUGGACACGGGAAGACCCAUUCCUGGAACCUCCACCAGAUACCAGACGCCCGAGUGUGACGGAGCUGCAAGAUCUCGCAUCUCAGACACAGAGGAUCCGUUCCAAGGCAGAGACCUGACAGGCUGUCCAGAGGGGAAGAAAGUGGAAUUCAUUACAAGCUUGUUAGAUGCCCUCACCACAGACAUGGUGCAGGCCAUAAACUCACCAGCCCCCUCUGGUGGUGGGAGGUUUGUUGAGCCCGACCCCAGCCAUACUUUAGAGGAGAGGGUGGUGCACUGGUACUUUGCCCAGCUGGACAACAAUGGUAGCCAUGACAUCAACAAGAAGGAACUAAAACCUUUCAAGAGGUACCUGAAGAAGAAAGCCAAACCCAAGAAAUGUGCCCGCAAGUUCACCGACUACUGUGACCUGAAUAAGGACAGGGCCAUUUCCCUGCAGGAGCUCAAAGGCUGCCUCGGCGUCAGCAAGGAGGGAAGUUCAACAACAAGUGGCAACCAAGGGACAAGGCAAGGGACAAAUUUGUUCAUAGGUCGUCUGGUGUGAGAAGAGAAGGAUCGCGAAGCUGAGACGAGAGCAGAGGGCACAGAGGGAAGGCAUCUGUACGCUGGCUGACAGGAAAGAGAAAGACGGAGCAGAAAAAUUAAGAAGUUCCUGAGUUUUUAAAAAGAAAAAACAACAAAAAGAACAGAAAAACGAGAAAAGAAAAACGAAGCGGCGCCAAAAUAUUUGCACUUUCUCCUCCCUAUGUUUGACAUUUUAUCUGUUUUUAUGUGUUUUUUUUCUUUUUCUUUUGAAGUGACUGAAAAUUUGAAGGUAAGAAUGAGAAUAUAUUUGUGAAGAGAUGACGGGCUCACCACUGGAAGAGCAAGUAUUUUGUGUGUUACCACAUCUCCCUGUGUGUUCAGUCUGCUGUUUUGAUUCGUUCGAUCCUCAGAUAACAAGAGCAGGCACUAAUACACGUUUUGUGGCGAUUGAACUGAACUUCCAUGGCCCCUGUAACAAAUAGCAGCACACAGGCAAGUGCCAAAUGAUUAAAAAGGAGCUUCCAGUAGUCACGUUUUCAGAUAACUGCCAAGUUGCAAGAAAUAAAAAGAAAAUUAGGCUUUUUUCCAUCAAGUGCUUUGGAGCGAAUUAACUGGACUGCAUGGUGUUGCCAGAAGGUGGCAGUAUAGGCGACAGUUGUAAUAAACAGAGUAGAAGAAGCUGCAAACGGAUAAAAAAAUGCAAAAAGAAGAAGAAACAAGCAAAACUUUGGCCAUCUUUAGGUGAAAAAAGGAAAAAAGUCUUUUGGAAUUGUCUUUCAUUUGGAAAAUUGUAAUUAUUCUUUAAUGUCAGCUGGAAUUUGACAUCGUUUUUGCUGUUCAAAGGCAAAGAAACUUGCUACAUCAAAACUUCGAAAACCACCUAAAGGAGCAUAAAAACUUCCACAUCUUGACAUUUCAGUUAUCGUUCUCUUAUGCAAUACUUCAAACUGUGCUUACAAAUACAUUACGGGAACACGCUAUUGGGUCACAUCCACUCCAAAUGUUGCUCAAAAGGAAGAGUUAUGUCAGUGUAAACCAGUUUAAAUGAAUGUCGCACAUGAACAGCAUGUAUUGGAAUUAAACUGUGACCACGGAGUCUAAUUUAUCAGCACAGAAUUAGCUGCAGAAACCCCCUUGACUGCACAAAACCUUCUAGAUACGUUAACGUUUUGGCUCAAGGAUCAGGUGUUUAUAUUCGAGAUGUGCUACGUCUAAGUCCUGUAUGUACCAGUGUUGGGGAAAGCUGUAAGUGGGUUUUCCCAUGAAUUUCUUACCUUAAAGUACUGUUUGUGCAGCCUAAAACCAAUGCACAUUCAUUGUGUUGUGUGUAGUUUGUAAUUUUAUUAUCUUUAUUAUUAACAUGUCUGCACAAAAUGCCUUGACAGUUAUUUUCUUUGCAAAGUUUGUGCUAACAAGUGCAAAUAAUGGCAAUAGUAUAUUACAGCGGUGCAUCCCCUCAACACUGGUACAGUUCAUACACAAUCCUUGCAGUAUACUAAAGCAACUUUACACAUAUACGGUAGUAUGAACAUACAGCAAUAAUGCUGCAUUAAUUAGGGUUUCAGCAAAUAAGUGGUUGAUUAACUUGGAAAACCUGAGACACAUACAACCUAAAACAUAGCUUUGCAAAGUUGUUCUUGUUGCAGAAAUAUGGUGCUUAUCGUUUCUCUGAGUUUAACCAACCACCGCUCACUCCGCACAGCAGUUUUUCAAAAGUACCUACUCUAGAGUACACAAAUGUAGUUACGCAAUACAACUCUAAAUUAAAGUUAAAACAAUGAGGUAAAAAAAAAAGCGUAUUGAGCGAAAAUACUUUGUGGUUGAUUUUACAAUAGAUUUGACUUAACGCUGACGGAUAAAACAUCGUUUAACGCAGCUUUAAGUUCAAACCAUAACAAAGGCCAUAGGGUUGCAACUGUAACGUUGUUUUAUGUGUAAUUUUACGUCACUGUGGCCAGUUUUUGUUAACCUACAAAGAUAGUGUUUUACACAAUCAAACCUGAGACAUUGAUUUUUGUUUUACUCCAAUAUUUUGAUGUUGAAUUCCUUCUAUUUUAGUAAUGACUUUUUGAGUUCACUCAUCAUUUCCUGUGACAAACACGAACAGAUCUCUGACCCCCUGGUGGGGAUUUUACCUUUCCAUAACAGAUUACAGUCCAGAAAGUGAGUUUUAAAAAUAACUCACAGUACCAGUAAAAACAGGUGCCACAGAUGACUAACCCCAACCAGUAAAUGCAGGGAGGAGAUUACAUCUUGUUUUCAUCAGCCCACUUCAGCCGUCAUAUUCAAGUUUACUGUAAGCAAGACGUGGCAUUUACGAACAUCACUUCAGAAAAUAAAUACUGGCGCGUCCUCAGUUACAUCAGAGUAGAGUUUGCGUAUGUAAAUUCAAAAUAUUGUUUGUCUUCCAACAGCUGAUGUCAGUCUGGGAAACACUCAACACGGUGCGUGUUGGAGCUUUGCCGCCUUGUGUAAGACACCGCAAUUUAUUUUAAAACGCCCCCCAGAGUGUCCGACUAACAGGAAAAUGACUGAGCAGGGAGGAAAAACACUUAUGAGUUUUGGAAUGCAAAAAACAAAUUAAAUAAAUAAAGAUUUCUUCCUUGCAUUUGGGAACAAUUGAGCUUAAAAAAUUGGAGAAUCAUGCCUUUGCUGUUGUGGUCUGAAUGCCUGUGUAUUUGUUUUGAGUUGUGUAUUUCCCAAGAGUCGCUGCUACGGCUCAUGAACAUGAGACAAGAAAAAGGCUCCUAUUGUAAAUAUGUACAAUAACCUGUGUUUGUUUUACUAAAUUUCAUUGUGGGGGCAUCUGGGUGUUCACUGGCUUCUUGUGAAAAACACAUAUACACUUUUCUGUCUGUUUACAUCGUGUCAAACAUUAGGCUGUUACAGUAGCUAAUUCACAGCACUGAAAGGUUUAGGCCAGACUGUAUGUUAUCAGCUCUGAGGACUGUUUAUUUUUAUCUCUGCUGAGGUUAUUUUACAGUUUCGGCUCGUGUUUUACGAUUCCCGCCUCCCUCGCUGCACACGGUCUGAAUGCAUACGGUAUCUGGUGCUUUGAUUCGCUACAAUCACUAGUCCAGUCGCGUCCAAUUUGAAGCGGACAGUUAUGCCAAGAAUGAGAGGAGAAACCUGUGUUUCUUUGAGGUCUGUGCAGUCUCUCUUGUUUCGGUUCCAGGUCUGAACACUGAGGCUUGUGUGUGUCUACUGAAGUGCUUCCAGACGCUGCAGAUCACAUGCGAGAUCUAAAACAACCUAACAGGCUGGUAAUCACUGCAAAUCACCAUGGGGGACGUAUAGCGAGCAGAUGACUGUCAAGUCUGAUGGGGGGG